UGCUAAUAAAAUAUUUUUGUCCAUUCAUUCAACUUGCUUGUUGCUGCUCUUUCCUUGUGACCUCUCACCAAACAAAGAUUCUUUAUUCUUCUUCUUCUUCAAUUUGAGCUUCAGAUAUGAAAUUGCCUUUGUUAUCUUUUUAAACAUAAAUUCAAAAUUCAAGUAAAGGAAUUAGCAUUGCAGUACUACGUACCUCUGGUAUUCUUCUCAUUUGAAUCAGUAGUGUGACCAAGCUAGUUGCAUGAAGAACGUUGAAAGGACCCCUUCUCGUAGUUUUCCAUCAACUGAUGACGAAAUAGUUGGUUUGGAGGAAGAUGCAGCAAGUAUAAUUCAGAAAUUGACUGGAAGAACUGAGGAUCUAGACGUUGUCUCGAUUGUUGGAAUGCCUGGACUAGGCAAAACAACUUUGGCUAAAAAGGUGUUCACUCAUCAAAGUAUUGAUAAACACUUUGACGUUCAAGCAUGGUGUUCUAUUUCAAAAGAAUAUGAUUUGAGGAAGGUGUGCUCUGAGAUUCUUAAACUAGUUUUAGGCAGUGUGGAUGGUAUCCGAAAUGAAGACAUGCCUGACAAGUUGCGCAAGAGUCUAAAACGCAAGAGAUACCUCAUCAUAUUAGAUGAUAUAUGGGAAGUUAAGGCAUGGGAAGAAUUGCGGUUAUAUUUCCCAUGUGAUAAAAAUGGAAGCAGAAUAGUGGUAACAACUCGAGAUGAACAAGUAGCCAGGGAGCUUAAGCACCAUAGUGAUCCAUAUUUUCUUCGAUUUCUCACGGUGGAUGAGAGCUGGGAAUUACUUCAGAAGAAAGUAUUUCAAGGAGAGAUUUGUCCCCCAAAGCUACGCAAAGCAGGAUUACGAGUUGCUGAAAGCUGCAAGGGAUUACCUCUUGUGAUCGUUUUGAUUGCUGGAAUUAUUGCAAAGAAAAGGAAAGCCUCUUCAUGGCUUGAGAUCGCGGAAGAUUUAAGGUCCCAUGUUUUAGAAGAGCAAAACAUGAAGAUAAUAGAAUCAAGUUUUGAUUAUUUGGAAGACCAUUUAAAGUCUUGCCUUCUUUACAUGGGAUUGUUUCCAGAAGACUACAAAUUUCCAGUGUCCGAUCUGCUAAACUUGUGGAUAGCUGAAAAUUUUGUACACAACAUGGGCUUAGAGAACAUGAAGGAAGCAUCUAAAAUUUGCUUGAAUGAUCUAGUGAACAGAAGCCUAGUAAUUGUUUCGGGAAGGAGAGAAGAUAAUGGUGAGAUAGAGUACUGCACUGUUCAUGAUGUAGUGCAUGAGUUUUGCAUGAGGAAACUUACAAAGGAAAAGUUUAUGCAGUACCAACUUGCCAGGGAACCAAGGAAAAAAAAGUUUAUGCUGUUACACAAGUAUAUCCAUGACGAUCUUGUUAAACAUUUGCUGCGGUAUGAAAAGUUAUUGGAUAAGUUUCCAAUGUUGGCAGGAUUGAAGGAAGGGGAGUUUGUUGAUCAAUGUAAUGCUAUGUCUAGUCUUAAGUUCAUUGAUAAUCCACAUUUCUCUCCGGGUGACGGGAUAUUUCUUUUCCGUCUACUUGAUAACUUAAGAUUUAUUCGGGUGUUGCAUUUGUUGGAUGUCGACUUGGAAAGACGUUCAUGGGUUACAGCAGUGCAAGUAGUAACUCACUUGAGGUAUCUUGCAAUUCGUACCCAAGAAUUUGAUUUCCAGUGGGUAUCGCACCUACACAAUCUACAAACAUUGCAGGUGGUGGGAAAUGAUAAUCAACUUUCAGGGUACUUUGAGACAUCACCUUCUAUUUGGAAAAUGCAGAAGCUAAGACAUGUGGAUAUACAGGACUUUUCCUUCAAAUGGGAAGACAAUGAUCGAGCACUUUUCGAAGAAUCUUCAGAAACUGUGUUACCAAACUUGAAGACUUUUGGGAAGUGUCGUAUAUACUUGGUUGAUAAGACUCCGGAGUUCUGGUGGAGAUUUCCAAAUAUUGAACAACUCAAGCUCCACUUUAUUGAACCAAGUUAUGAAGUUGAUAUGCCGAAUCUUGAAGAACUCCCACUUCUAUCUCUCGAACUGUGUUUCUCACGCGCUAUUUCAGGCUACAAAUCCAUAGGACAGGCCAGCUGUGUUGUCUUCCCUUCAAACCUAAAGGAUUUGUCCCUUGAUAGACUUUGCCUAACUGAAAAAGCCGUUUCACAACUUGCAAGAUUGCGAAACCUUGAGAGUCUCAAACUACGUGAAGUAUACUUCAAGUCUGAAGAUAGAUAUGGGCAGCCUGGAUAUAGCAUAUGUUGGGAUGUCAGUGAUUAUGAGUUUCAAGCACUCAAAUACUUGAACAUACAGAAUGUUCUCAUGACAGAAUGGCGCUCCUCAGAAGAAUCUUUCCCCGUGCUUGAGCAACUAAUUUUAAACAAUUGCAUAAUUCACUGCGGUCAGAUCCCUUGUAGCUUUGUGGAUAUCCCAACACUGAAGUUGAUUAAAUUGACUCGCUGCAAUAAGUCACUUGAGCUUUCAGCUCACAAUAUCAAAAAAGAAGUGGAAGAGAUGACAGGAUGUGAUAGUAUCCAAGUCCUUAACUCUUAUCAAAGAUUCUAUCAUUUUGAUGUAGAUUUUGCAACAGACUGCUUCGGUGCUUGGGUUCGAGGAGACAUCCAUAGAGUGCCUGGAUAAGUAUUCUCAAGGGUCAGUUCAUUAUGUUUCUUUUGGUUCCCAUAAGAACAAGCUCUGCUUCUCAAAUGAUGGCAUUACCUUUAGGCUUGUAAGGUAGUGAAAAACUACUCAUUUUGGUUUUAACCAUAAACGUGGCGAUGAGCUCAUUUCUGAUCAAUGGCUGCCCAGAAGGGUAUCAAGAAAGAAUUGAAAAGAAAAUGGAGAUUUGUUAGUCCAUAGAUGGGCACCUCAGUUGGAAAUUUUAUGGCAUAGUUCAAUAAGGGAAUUUUUACUCUUGUAUUAUUGUAACGAUUUUCUUGAGCCGAGAGUCUAUGGGGAAUUAUAAAGGUCUGCGUACACCCGAUCCUCCCUAGACCCUAUCUGUGGGAUCACAUUGGGUAUGUUGUUGUAUCUGAACUUUUUAUCUAAGAGAAUUGCAGCAACAGUUAUAAGUUGAUUUUGUAAUUACUGCUGGUAAGAUUAUGCAGAUUAUUUCUUGUUUAGUCAAUGAUUAUGUUA